CAAGAUCUCUGUACCUUCUUGAUAUCGAGAGCCUGCAAAAACUCAACACUGGCUAAUUAUUUAUACUGGUAUGUGAUCGUGGAAUGUGAAGAUCAAGAUACCCAGCAGAGGGAUCCAAAGACCCAUGAGAUGUACUUGAAUGUAAUGAGAAGAUUUAGCCAAGCGUUGUUGAAGGGUGAUAAGUCUGUCAGAGUUAUGCGUUCUUUGCUGGCCGCACAACAGACAUUUGUAGAUCGGUUGGUGCAUCUAAUGAAGGCAGUACAACGUGAAAGUGGAAAUCGUAAGAAAAAGAAUGAGAGACUACAGGCGUUGCUUGGAGAUAAUGAAAAGAUGAAUUUGUCAGAUGUGGAACUUAUCCCGUUGCCUUUAGAACCCCAAGUGAAAAUUAGAGGAAUAAUUCCGGAAACAGCUACACUGUUUAAAAGUGCCCUUAUGCCUGCACAGUUGUUUUUUAAGACAGAAGAUGGAGGCAAAUAUCCAGUUAUAUUUAAGCAUGGAGAUGAUUUACGUCAAGAUCAACUUAUUCUUCAAAUCAUUUCACUCAUGGACAAGCUGUUACGGAAAGAAAAUCUGGACUUGAAAUUGACACCUUAUAAGGUGUUAGCCACCAGUACAAAACAUGGCUUCAUGCAGUUUAUCCAGUCAGUUCCUGUAGCUGAAGUUCUUGAUACAGAGGGAAGCAUUCAGAACUUUUUUAGAAAAUAUGCACCAAGUGAGAAUGGGCCAAAUGGGAUUAGUGCUGAGGUCAUGGACACUUACGUUAAAAGCUGUGCUGGAUAUUGCGUGAUCACGUAUAUACUUGGAGUUGGAGACAGGCACCUGGAUAACCUUUUGCUAACGAAAACAGGUAACAAUUAAUGGCUACCAGUAGACAUACAUUGUAUUUGCCCAUGGUUUUUACCCCUGAAUCUAUUUACUAACAAGAUAAAUUGUGGCCGGGCGCAGUGGCUCACGCCUGUAAUCCCAGCACUUUGGGAGGCCAAGGUGGGCAGAUCACCUGAGGUUGGGAGUUCGAGACCAGCCUGACCAACGUCGAGAAACCCCAUCUCUACUAAACAUAUAAAAUUAUCCGGGUGUGCUGCACAUACCUGCAAUCCCAGCUACUCUGGAGGCUAGGACAGGAGAAUUGCUUGAACCUGGAAGGCGGAGGUUGCAGUGAGCUGAGGUCGUACCAUUGCACUGCAGCCUGGGCAACAAGAGCAAAACUCCAUCUGGGAAAAAAAAAAAAAAAAAGAUGAGUUACGUAAGUGAAGAUAUAUUAGUGAGUCUUAAAAAUUCCUUUAAAUGUUACCUUGCAAGAACAUUUAGGGAUAGUCCUUUCUCUUGUAAGAAUUACUUUAGUAGUAAUCCUACAGAUGGUCAUUUUGCACACACUGCUAUACUGGAAAUGCCUCUUUUUAUGGAAAGCCCAUAAUGGAUACAAGCAGCUUAGUCUCUUACUGUAUAGCUCUAGUUAGAUUGUUAAAAUGUCCUUUCUCUUACAAAGUGUGCUUAAUUCACUUUAAUAUCUACCUUCAAUUAUUUGCUUUUCCCCUUGGGGUUCUGUGGGAUAAUCAUUCUCAGCGCCCUUUGUCCUGACAAUUCUUCAGCCCUAUGUAUUUAUCUUUAUGCAGACAGCUUCCAAACUUACAGCUUUUUACCUCAGUCCGUUUCAUUACCUUCAAAUUGAAAUAUCGAACUGCUUACUUGAAAUUGUCAUUAUAUAUGGCCAGUUGUAAAAGUUUAUCCUUUCCUCUACUACCUACCUAAAACCUGCUUCUCACCUCAUUUUCCCGUUUCAAUAGAUAGCAACAUCACCUACACAGUUGUUCAAGCUCUAGACCUCAAAGUCAUUCUUAAUAUGUCUUUUGGCCUCAUCUCAUAUACUGAACCUAUUAACAAAUCUUGUCUACUCCUCAACUCCAAAAUAGAUCAUGAAGUUACCUACUGUCUCUUCAUUUUUACUACUCUCACCCCACUUGAAGCAACCAAUACAUGUUGCCUAAACAAUUUGAAUGAAAUCUGAACCCUUUACUGGGGCCUUGUGGCUUGUCCAGGCAGGCUUUUGUCUGAAUGUCAAACCACUCCUGCCUCAGACGAGAGCCUUUGUUAUUUUCUCUUUCUGGAAAGUUCUUUAUUCAGAUAUUUGCAGGGCUGACUUAAGUUGAAAUUCUAAUGGCAUAACUUUAGAGAAGCCCUUUCUAACUCUUUGAUCUGUAAUAACAUAUCUGCCUCUUCCUCCAAUGCUCUCUACUUACUACUGUUUUGUUUAUAGCACUUAUCACUAGCUGAAGUUACUUUUUUUGUUUAAUUCAACAACUAUUUAUUGAACACCUAGUAGAUGCUGGGAAUACCAAAGUUAACAGAACAGACAGAAAUCCUUGCUCUCCUAGAGCUUGUUGAGUUCUUAUCAUUGUCUUCUCCCAUUCAGGAUGCAAGUUCCAUGAGAGCAGGAACCUUUGUCCGUUGAGGUUACCCCAUGCCUCCGGACCUGGAACAACACCUAGCUAAGGUGUUCAAUAAGUCAGUGUUGAAUUAAUGAUGAAUAAAUACUUGUGUUCUUC